AUGGAUUUUCGGCACGAUUCCGUCGACAUCCGCGAAGAGGUGGAGCUUCAAAAGCCACCGGGGCGACCUUCGAUGGGUAGCGUGCUGCAGCCUAUCGCACCUUUGUUGUCGGCCCUGUUUGGUUUCGCCGUGGCAGCAAUGGUCAUGGUACCAGCUGCGGUCUUGGGUCCCAGCAUUUCAAUGCCUCCAGCCCUUGGGGUGCUCUUCUACCAGCUAGCAUUGCUGGCAGGGCAAAGCUGGCUACCGCGGCUAUUCUUUGCUACUCUAGGGGUGCCGAUUGCGCAUGGGCUCUUGCUGGUGCCGAGUAUUGCCUUCCAGUAUGCCUUGCCGGCACUAGUUGGGCCAGCAGCAGGUCUUUCUGCUGCCCGCUUCUUUGGUGGCACUGAUGGAGUCCAGCUCUGUUUGGUGUCGGUAGCUUUUCUGAUUGUCUUGUACGGUUGGUCUCUGCAUGCUGAGGGUGAUGAAGAUUGGACAUUGGAGCUGAGCUAUCUGCCUGGGCCAAAGACGCAGACCCAGCCAGCCCUGGAAAACAGCGGGCAGCGGGUGGAUCUGUUCCGCCAUGCCAUGGGUUGUGCGGGCUCAGCCUCCAGCAAGUAUGAUGCAGCGCCCAAAGAGGCGGCUCGAACAGAGGAGGCAGCGUCCUAUCCAUCAGGUGAGUGGCGAGUGGAGGAAUCUCCAGAGCAGUGGAUCCCGCUUGAUCAGGAGAUCGGGCAACAGCUCUUGCAGGCGUACUUUGACGGCCAACUGGAGGCGAGGUAUGCGCUGCCGAACGGAAAUUUCCAGGUGGAUUUCUAUCAGCAGCUGCAAACCCAGCAGGAAACUGGAAGGCAAUGCCGCAUCGCCUGGUUCGAUACCAGUGCGGCCAGUGCGGCCAGUGCGGCUGGCUACGCAGCUGGCUAUGCUGCGACCGUGGAGGGCUCCGAUGCAGUUGGUGAGGAGUUGACUUCCAUCAAUCCAGAAGUCUACCUUGGCGGUGAGUGGCUCAUAGAGGAUGCAGAGGGUUCCUGGGUGCGCUUGGACCAUGAGAUCUCGGCUCAGCUGUUGGUGGCUUGGUACUGUGGGGAGCAGCUGUUGGACUAUUCCUUUCAGGGGGCGUCUUUUCAAGUGGACCUCACUGUGUGGGAACAACGCAAUGUCGAGACCGGGGAGAAGAAAAAGAUCGUUUGGAACUCCAGUGAUGCUUCGAGUGAAGGUGAUGCAGGACUUGCUGACAGCUGGGCGGAAGGCAAGGAAGAUGGGAGCACUUGGCUGGACCCUGGUGAGGAGGCUGAGAGGCAGCUUUGGGCGGCCCUCAACUCUGGGCAGCAAGUGGUGCGUUACAGCGUGAAUGGCUGCCAGUUCGAGGUAGAUGUCGUGAACAUGAUCCAGACCAAUUUGUCCACCGGAGAGCGCUGGAUGAUUGCCGUGGAGGAUGGCCCUGGAGCUGAGGUGCCAGAAGCCGGCAAAUCCACUGAGGAGCCGAUGACCAGCCCUUUGGAGGCAACGCAGAUUCCGGAGCCCUCCCCUGAGUCUACAGCCUUCGCUGGAGGUGCCUCGGAGCCCAGAGCAGUGCCCACUGCGAGUGGACGGCCAAAGGCUUUCAUUUACAAGGCUGUGCCGGAUCCUGGAAGGCCACCUCCAAAACAGAAGAAGUGGAGCCUGGCACCGGGUCAAAAGCAACGCCUGGCCCCGAAGGCAGCUCCCAAGACCCGGCCUGCGCCGAACACCGGCGCGGGGAAGAGCGGCGCGGGUGGCGCAAAGGAGCUGCCCCUUCCGCGUAAUGUGGAGUGGCCCAAGGGUGUCAAGGCACGCCGCGUGGCAGAGGCGGUCUACGCCGAUAUGCGCAAGUCUCGUGAGAAACCUUUGGCGCAUCGGCGCAGAGCCUACAUGGCAGCAUGCCUCAGUUGGCACCCAGACAAAAAUCUGAAGCACCAGGAGGUGGCGACCGAAGUCUUUCAGUUCCUGCAAGGUGUGAAAGAUUGGUACUUUGAAGAAGCUUGAGCAGCGCUCUCAUCUCAAAAUAUCCCGAACCAAGCCUGGUGGGAACGCUUGGAAGCUGCUGAAGAACAGUGGCGGUGUCUGAAAGUUGAGAAAAGUG